AACUCUCAUAACGUACUUCAGUCUGAAAGCAGGGUAGACGAUGAACACAGACCUCAUCUUCAAAUCCAAACUCAAACAAAACCUCUGUCGGGAAAAUUAGGUAAACGAUGAACUUGUGUCCAAACAUCUAGGCAACGAUGGACGCAGGCCUCUUCUUCUUGCCGCAACCUAAGCAGCAGAUCCUAAGAAAUCUCGCUUCUUUUCCAUUUAACAAGAUCGGAAAUUAUCAGCCCAAGAUUCGUACUCAGAUUCAGAUGCUUCGCCGGAAAAUCUCCGGCGAACCAUUUCUCCGUCCGGCGAGUCGGUUGCUUGUCUGCAGCGCCGCCGCUGAUUCUCCGUCUCCCUCUUUCUCCGGUUCUCCAGAUCAAUAUUUGGAUGAUGCUGGAACGAGGAAGAACCAGAAGAUGGUUGCUGGGACAGAGCAGGAUGAGUUGCUUGAUCCAGUUAACUUAGCUGAUCCGGACAGCUGUUUCUGUGAGUUACAGGGUGUUCAUAUACACUACAAGUCAUAUGAUCCACAAACCCGAGCCAAAGACACUCCUCCCGUCAUCGAGAAUUCUGGAUUCUCGCAAGAGAGUCCGAGAAUUGGAUUCCCUAUGGUUCUGUUGCAUGGCUUUGGAGCCUCGGUUUUCUCCUGGAGUAGAGUUAUGAAACCGUUGGCUCGGGAAAUCGGCUCUAAAGUUCUUGCCUUUGACAGACCCGCCUUUGGUUUGACAUCCCGGAUUGGUGCCAGGGAUUCAAAACCCUUGAAUCCUUACUCAAUUGCGUUUUCGGUUCUCGCUACAUUGCAUUUCGUGGAUUUUCUGGCGGCUGAGAAGGCGAUUCUUGUAGGGCAUUCUGCCGGUUCUCUUGUAGCUGUGGAAACUUACUUUCAAGCCCCCGAGCGUGUUGCCGCCUUAAUUCUCGUGGCUCCCGCAAUAUUCGCACCUUCUUCUGCAAAAACGGGUAGCGAAAGGGACGACGAACGGAAAGAGGAGGAGGCCACGGAUUCUACCGAAGCAGAAUCACCGUUUGCCAAGUUCUUGAGGACCCUGAUUCGGUUCGGCAAACACAUUAUACAAGCAAUCACUGCGAUCAUAAGAGGAAUGACGAGCAUGGUCGGCUCUCUCUACAAGAAAGCUCUAACAGCUUUCCUCCGAUCCGCCAUUGGAGUAAUGCUGGUGAGGAUGGCGAUUGAAAAGUUCGGGGUAACAGCCGUGAGAAAUGCAUGGUAUGAUGCGAAACAAGUGACAGAGCAUAUCAUAGAGGGAUACACAAAGCCUCUGAGAGCAAAGGGAUGGGACAGAGCUCUAGUGGAAUUCACCGUCGCUAUGCUCACUGAGAAGAAACCGCCAUUGGCGAAAAGGCUCAAAGACAUCAAAUGCCCAGUUCUGAUAGUAACGGGGGAUACAGACCGAAUCGUACCAGCUUGGAAUGCGAAGCGACUGGCAAGGGCCAUCCAUGGAAACGUGGUUGUGGAAGUGAUAAAGGAAUGUGGUCAUCUUCCUCACGAAGAGAGACCUCAACAGUUCAUCUCUCUUGUCUCCAAGUUUCUGCUCUCCGCUUUUGGAGAAAUUUCUCAACUCCAUCUCCACUCCAACCAUGGCGCUGUUUCGUGAUGAUGAUGAAGCAUCAUCAACAUGCAUGCAUAAAUACAUACAUACAUGCAUGCAUGCAUGCAUUGAACAAUAAUUUUAGUCCCGUAUCAAAAUUGUACUAUUAUCAUAUGGAGAUAUAUUGACCCGGGUAAUUUUUUUUUUUCUAGAUUUAUAAUUGUUUGAAAUCAUUAUAGUUACAAUUA